AAUUGUAUGGUUUUUUUUCUCAGUAUUUGAUUUAUUUUUUUUCCGUUCGCUUUUAUUUCUUUAAUCACAAGACGAACUCUUAUUUUGAAACCGGAUGUGGCAUGAUGUGUACUCCGGCCGGAAGAGGGCGCAGUGUGCGCUGUGUUACUCCGCGGAGAAGAAGUGCGGUUCAGCCGGCAACACAACAAAACCAGCACAACACCCAGAGGUUUACUCCACCCAAUUCCUGAUUGGUUACUCCGCUUAUGACCUCAUCAUGGCGGAGUUGGGCUUCUUUACCAGAGCAAAAGAGGAGGACCGGCGGUGGGUGGGGGCGGAGCACACAAUGGAGUUGGAGAGGGGUGGAGCUAUGCUGACCGGAGACGAGGCCAGGGACUUCUACCAGAGUCUUAUUGGAGAGGAGGGUGGAGAUGGGCGGAGGAAAAAGAAGACGGAGAAACGACGGAAAAGAGAGAGAGUGCGAGGUGGAGGUCCCCGCGUUCGGUCGUCAGCAGAAGGCACGGUGCCCCCCGCUGGCCGGGCGGAGGCCGUGUCGGAGCGUGACGGGUACCAGCUGCUGCGCUGUGCUCAGGACGGUGAUGUGCGGGUGCUGGCGGAGCUGCUGGACCGCGGCUGCGACAUCAACUUCUGUGACGGGUUCUUCUGGACGCCACUGAUGUGUGCCAGCCACGCCGGGCAGCGGGAGGCGGUCCGGCUGCUGCUGAGCAGAGGGGCGGCCUGGGUGGGCGUGGUCGACACACAGGGUAGAGAUGCUCGAUCCCUCGCCCUCCAGGCUGGACAUCAGGUCGUCGUUACAGAACUGGACCAGUUCAGCACCGCCCACAACUCACACACACCUGCUGACCACACCCACAGUGCUCAGUGGUGUGCGGUGUGUGAGGUCAGUUACACGGACGGCACCUCGUCCCACACGGCAUCCACUCUGCACCAGUUCAGCCUGAAGCGUCCCCCCAUAGCCCCCCAGUACUGCCUUCCUGAAUCCAGUGUGAGUUAUCGGAUGAUGCUGCGUUCGGGGUGGGACCCCAACCGUGGCCUAGGCCCCGCCCACUCUGGUCGGAAACAACCUGUCGGCACAGUGCUGAAAAGAGACCACGGCGGACUUGGGUUCGGACCACCGCAGAGGUCCAAGGUCACGCACUUCGCGGCGAAAGACCCAAAGGCAGUGCGGAGGGCGGAGCCUAAAUUACGAACUGUGGAGAGGAGAGAGGGCGGGGCCAGCCUCAGUUUAAAAGAGAUGAAGAGGAAGGAGGAGAGAAACAGGAACUGGGAGAGAGACUUCCGGACCUCGUUUAAUAUCGAUACUUGAAGUUGGACACUGUGGGGGUGUUUACUUACUUGUUUAUUUGUUUUGUAUAUUUACUUAUUUUGCUACAAAACUUCAGAAGACAUGCAGUUAUAUCUCGAAUAUGCAGAUAUACGAAUGAUUACAGGUGCGAUCUGAGUAGACACUGGAUCUUUACACCCACCACAAGAGGGUGUAAAAAUGCUUACCACACUACUCGUAUAGACAGACUCCCAGAGGGUACUACUUUUUAGGUAGUGUACCUCCUGUGAGAGACCGUUGGCUGAUAGACACACCUCUACAAUGCAUUUUCUAAUCAGAAGACGGUUAAGUUUGAGUAUGGAGUCUCGUGGUUUCUCGUGGUCUUGCUCUUCAAUCCUGGUGUUGAUCUGGACUGAAGAGUUCACAGUGUAAACUGCUGGUGUGAUUGAUGAUCUGAGUUACAGAAUAGAUUUCCCCAAUAAAAUUGAAUUAUUUCACUCUA